AUGAAAAUAGGAACAAGAUUCGUGGCGUCUUGCCUCAGCCUGGUUGUCAGUGUUCUUACUCAGGACUAUUCCACCUCACCGCCAGUAUACCCCAGUCCUCCAACACUCGGAACGGGAUGGGAAACUGCGUUCGAACAGGCGAAUACAUUUGCCGCUAACCUCAGCUUGGAAGAAAAAGCACAACUCGUUACUGGCACGUCACCGGGGCCUUGUGUCGGUAACAUUGGAGCAAUUCCCAGACUAGGAUUUGGUGGUCUUUGUCUCCAAGACGGACCAUUGGCCAUCAGACUUGCAACAUAUGCUUCUGUUUUCCCAGCUGGCCUCACCGCUGCUGCUUCAUGGGACAGAGGGCUAAUAUUUGCGAGAGGAAUGUUCAUGGGUGCUGAAUUCAAAGCAAAGGGAAGUCAUGUUGCCCUUGGCCCUGUCGUUGGCCCUUUGGGUCGGAUAGGUUAUGGGGGACGCAAUUGGGAAGGCUUCUCUCCAGAUCCAUAUUUGACAGGAGUUGCAGCCGAAGAGACAAUCCGAGGUAUGCAACAGGCGGGUGUCCAAGCAUGUUUGAAGCACUACAUCGGGAAUGAACAAGAGACACAAAGAAAUCCGGAUGUUUCAGCCAACGGCACUACUAUUGAGGCUGUUUCCUCCAAUAUCGACGACCAGACUCUUCACGAACUCUACCUGUGGCCAUUUGCAAAUGGAGUCAGAGCCGGAACCGCCUCGAUUAUGUGUUCGUACAAUCGGUUAAAUGGUUCUUACGGUUGUCAGAACUCCAAGACCUUGAAUGGUAUCUUGAAGACAGAACUUGGCUUCCAAGGAUAUGUCAUGUCUGAUUGGGGUGCCACACAUGCUGGCGUCGACGCUAUCAAUGCAGGUCUCGAUAUGGAUAUGCCCGGAAGCACCGGAGGAAGUCCAAAUGCAUCGUUCUUUGGUGGAAACUUGACACAAGCAGUCAACAACGCUUCCGUCUCCCAGUCGCGCAUUGAUGACAUGGUUCUCCGCAUCAUGACUCCUUACUUCUUCCUCAAACAGGAUGAUUACCCACCCAUUGACGGGCAGUCCCCUGCGCUGAACAACAAUAAUCCGCAGAAUUAUCGAUAUCAAUUCACCCUCGGGGAGUCAGAUACAGAUGUUCGUGAGGAUCAUGCUCAGCUCAUUCGUGAAUUAGGAGCUGCGGGCACUGUACUUUUGAAGAACGUGAACAAUACUCUGCCACUCAAGGCUCCACGAUCGAUAGGAGUCUUUGGAAAUGAUGCUGGAGACCUGGUCAACGGGGAGUACUUCUCUGGGUCGUCAUUCGCAAAUCAAUUCGGCUACGAAUACGGAACACUUCCUAUGGCAGGAGGCAGUGGUGCGGCCCGUUUGUCCUACCUUGUACCACCCCUUGAUGCGAUCAAGGCCCGUGCCUUUCAAGAUGGGACCCUUGUGCAAUACAUCUUGAACAACACAAUUCUGAGCGGUCCGGCCAAGGUUCGCAACCGAGCAGAUGGACUUGGAUUCAUUUUGCCUGUCCCGGACGUUUGUCUCGUGUUUCUCAAGACCUGGGCAUCUGAGGGAGUCGAUCGAUUGUCACUGGAGGCAGACUGGAACAGUACCGCAGUGGUCAACAACGUGGCCUCGUAUUGCAACAACACCAUUGUCAUUACCCACUCAGCUGGUUUGAAUGUCCUCCCAUGGGCGAACAAUCCCAACGUCACCGCCAUCCUCGCUGCUCAUUUGCCAGGACAGGAAACAGGAAACUCUCUUGUCGACAUCCUCUAUGGAGCAAUCAAUCCUAGUGGCAAACUACCUUACACCAUUGCACUCAAUGCUUCAGAUUACAAAUUUGCUCCUGUAACCAAUUCUACCGAGUUGCAAGGCACAGAAGAUCCAAAUGCCUGGCAGUCCAAUUUCACAGAGGGCCAGCUAAUUGACUAUCGACACUUUGACUACUACAAUCAAUCAGUGCUGUAUGAGUUCGGCUACGGCUUGUCUUAUACCACAUUCAACCUAUCUGAUUUGCAAAUCGAGAGUACAGUGUCCGGAAAACCCGUCACUGCCCGUCCUCCACUCGCAGCGACUGUGCCGGGAGGAAACCCCACACUUUGGGCAGUGCUUUACGUUGUAAACGUUACUGUCACAAACACCGGCAACACGGCUGGAGCAGCAGUACCUCAAUUGUACCUUUCUCUGCCGUCAACGUCACAAAGCAAUCCAACUCCUGUUAACGUUUUACGAGGGUUCGACAAGAUCUUCCUCCAGCCAGGAAAGAGCACCACCGUACAAUUCCCUUUGGCCCGCCGGGACCUCAGCUAUUGGGAUACUAACUUGCAGGAUUGGGUGAUUUCAUCAGGUGCAAUUGCGGUACACCUGGGUUUUAGCAGUCGAGACUUGAAACUGCACGACCAAGUGACAGUUCUAGUCAGCGAUUAG